CUACUGGUUUGUGCCGACACAGGAAACGGCCAAUCAGAUGCUUGUGAAAUAGUCUCCUCCCCUUUGGUGUGGUUCGAUUCAAGCCAAUAAAACGUAUGAUGCUGUCUUGAUGGACUGCUGCUCACUUGCUGAAACGGCUACAAAAUGCGGACGGCGCUUCAUCUGCUGCUCCUGCUCAUCCCAAAUGGAGGAUGCACAGCUGGUCCCACCUUUACGACAAAGACCGUUGCAGUUGGACAAAAUGUCUCUAUGGAUUGUCCCCGGGACGAAUCCAGAUUUCAGGCUCAUCUUUUUUGGAUCCGACUUGUUUCUGUAAGCUUUCCUGAACGUUUAGCUCAGACGACAGCCUUCGAUAUGACGGAACCUCAUCUUGGGCCAUCAAACAGUGGACGUCGCAUCACAGCCAAAAAAGAGCCAGGAAUGUUUGUUCUGCAAAUUGAUCAAGUGCAGAAAAGUGACAUGGGCGUCUACUACUGUUUCAAUUCGACAACAUGGGGUUAUAACGUGACAUUUGUUCAGGGAAUAUUUCUGCAGGUCAAAGAUUUCCCAGAAACAGAACCGUCUGUCUCUCUGGACUUGCGGUCUGAUGCGGGCCCACCGGGAUCACCUGUGACCUUACGGUGCUCGGUCGUCUCCCACCCGGGGAAUAAAAUGUGUACUGAUGGACACGUUUACUGGUUCAGAGCUGGAACAGAUGCCGCGCAUCCCAGCUUCGUUUCCACUCAUAAACAAUGCGGAGAGAUCAAAGGUGGCUCGAUGCGGAAAUGCGAUCACGUUUUCUCAACGGACGUCACCUCCUCCGAUGCCGGAACUUACUUCUGUGCUGUGGACACGUGUGGGGAGAUUUUCAUGAGAUCCGCAAAAAUAGCCAUCAUUGAAGUGUCCAGCACGAGUGAUUUACCAAAGUCCGUUAUUUUCAUCUUGGGUGCUGCUUCGGCCUUAAUCUUCAUCCUGUCAGCCUUCCUCAUAUUCAAGAUCAAGACAAAAAGAUGUUUUUGCUGCAAAGCUUGUCCGCAAAGCCAUGACGAAAGGCCCAAUGGUGUGCAGCAGAGAGACGAGGACGCUGUGGUUUAUUCCUUGCCGACCAUCGUCACCAGGAAACGCGGCAAAACUGGUCAGACCAAUGCGAGACCCACCGAGGAAUUUAGCACGUACACCGACGUCUGCCUCCGUAACUGAAUCCUUAAGACGCAAAAUUAAUACAAUGAUCAUUUCCUUUAGCAUCCCAGCCUAGUGUGUUGAGACCUUUGAUUUACUCUGAUUUCAAAAGUACUGUUGGACAGUGCAAAACAUAUUUAGGAGCUCAAUGACUUCUCUCGGCGGCACGGUGGGCGACUGGUUAGAGCGUCAGCCUCACAGUUCUGAGGACCCGGGUUCAAUCCCCGGCCCCGCCUGUGUGGAGUUUGCAUGUUCUCCCCGUGUCUACGUGGGUUUUCUCCGGGCACUCCGGUUUCCUCCCACAUCCCAAAAACAUGCAUGCAUUGGAGACUCUAAAUUGCCCGUAGGCAUGACUGUUAGUGCGAAUGGUUGUUUGUUUGUAUGUGCCCUGCGAUUGGCUGGCAACCAGUUCAGGGUGUACCGCGCCUCCUGCCCGAUGACAGCUGUUAGUUUGUGUGAUUUUGAACCCUAUAAGCAAUGGAUAUUUCAACACAACUGGUGAAGCAAAACAUAUAGACAGACAAUAUCACUAUUCUCACAGCCAUAUAUAAUUUAUCCUCGAUAAAAAAUUAUAAUAAUAAUGUCGCAAUUUACUGAAUCACUGAGAAUAGUGACAAUGAGCCACUCUAUUCUUUGCUCUUGUGGCCAAGGCAGGCUAUUAAAUAUCAGGUCAACUUUUCGUUACAAAACAGCAUUAAAUGUACUAUUUUCAAUUUUUUAUGUGAUGUUAUUUAGGUCUCAAGCACAUGUUUCAGUAUUAUUAAGAGUACAAGCUGUACGAACCCAUUGAGGGUUCUUUGCAUUAACCAGGUCAAUUCUAAAGAGAUCACUGGUGAAUAAAUUGGAACGUGGACAUCAAAUUAGAUUGAUAGAUGAUAGAUAGAUAACGAUGUCAACAAAAAUUGAUUGUUAAGAGUUCAAUGUCAGAGCUAAUAUGUAGCCAUUUUCCAUGGUUUUCUUGAUAAUAACCAAAAUCACCGGGAAUACAAUUAAGCAUGUCAAAUAGAAUAAAGUAUUAUGGAACCAGCUGCAUUUUUGUCGUGUUCAUUGUAUUCUUCAGGUAAUACACCUUUAGUGGUACCAAGCAUUCAAAUGAACAAAACACUGAAGAAACAAGGGCGGUCAAAUAAUUUAUUGCACGGCUGUAUUUUUUGGGGAAUGUGGGAGGAAGCUGGAGAAAGCACAGACACAUAUACACACGGCUACCGGUACUUGUUUACUCAAACACUUCAGGCCUCCUGCCACAAAUGCUGCAUGGAAAGUCGAAGCCUUGUUGUGGGUGAAAGGAAGAACAAAAAAAGGUGUGACCUGAGAUGUUAUCUUCUUCCUGUCCAAGUGAUUCUUCAACUUGAAGCAAGGCUGAACACUGCCGUUUCACUGUAACUGAAAUAAGCAUACACCAUUGUUAAAAUCAAAAGAGCACUACAUAUUUAUUUUAUGACGUCUUCUUUAUUGUUUGCAGCAUUAACAUCAGCAUAUACAUGUUGAAAAUAAACACAA